CGAGAUUGUACUUUGUUUUUGGGAAAAAAAGGAAAAGCAAACUUGAACUUCAUUGCCGGAGGCAGGAAUAUUUCGUUGAUGCUCUUCUCUGUGAAUACCGAUAAUCACUUUCCCGGACUCGGAGACCAUCUGCUUUUCCGCCGGCGUGGAUCACAAGAGCCCAUAAGAGCACAAGUCCACUCCCCGCCAUCGUCUACGCUGUAAUGAAAUACGAAUGGGUAAUAUAUUCGUGAAGAAACCUAAGGUCACAGAGGUUGAUAAAGCAAUCCUUUCUCUGAAGACCCAGAGGCGCAAGCUUGCUCAGUAUCAGCGGCAGCUGGAGAAUGUUAUUGACGCCGAAAAACAAGCUGCAAAGGACUUACUCCGUGAAAAGAAAAAGGAUAGGGCUCUAUUAGCACUGAAAAAGAAGAAGGCGCAAGAGGAAUUACUGAAGCAAGUUGAUGCUUGGCUGAUAAAUGUUGAGCAACAAUUGGCAGAUAUUGAGUUAACUAGCAAGCAAAAAGCUGUGUUUGAGAGCCUGAAAACAGGCAAUAAUGCAAUUAAAGCAAUACAAAGUGAGAUUAAUCUUGAAGAUGUCCAAAAACUAAUGGAUGAUACUGCAGAGGCUAAAGCUUAUCAAGAUGAAAUCAGUGCAAUCUUGGGGGAGAAGCUAUCAGCUGAAGAUGAAGAGGAAAUUCUAUUAGAGUUCGAGAAUCUAGAAUCUCAGAUGAUUGAUCAAGAACUGCCCAAUGUUCCUGCUUCAUUACCAUCUGAGGUGAAAGAAGAGAAAUUGGAUCUCCCUGAUGUACCAAAGAAAGCGCCAGUCAUUUCUGAGUCAGAUGAUGCAUUAACUGCAGUUCCCGUGAAGAAGAAAGUUCUGGAGGAACCGUUGCCUGCUUGAUGUGAACCAGUCUCACAGGCAUUCUUCUUGAAGCAACCACACCUGCUAAAAUGCGUAUUGUAUUUCAUUGGUGUGCUUUAGUAUAAUCAUUUUAGCAUAAGCGGAUGGAUUCCUUUAUCAGAUUUGUACAGCAGAAUUUGCACUCUUUGUCUGCACCCAUGACUGAUUGAAAAAUACAAUUGUAUACUUGUGUGUAAAACCAAUUCUUUGUUUUAUCGUCAAACUCGAAUACUACCUCUCUCCCAAAUAAUUUUUUUGUGUUCGACUUUCCCGUUGUUUAAGAAAAUUGUUGAAAAGGG